AUGGGUGUUGUGUAUGAAAGUUUGACAACCAAGGAAUUUGAGAUGGGUUAUGAUAAAAUGGAUAAAGAUCUUAACUUAAAAGGUAACAAGUGGUUGAUUGAAUUAUACGAGGGGAGACAACGAUGGGUUCCGACUUUUGUGAAAGAUAAAGAAAAGCAUGUUGAUUUUGAUACCAUGAACGUUACAAUUGCUUUAUGGACCAAAUUCCCAUUGGAGCUUCAAUUUCGGAGUGUUUACACCAAUUCAAUGUUUCAUAAAGUACAAGUUGAGUUGCGUGAUAUGAAGUAUUAUGAUGUAAUGUACUUGAAAAGAAAAGGUCCCGAUACCAUCUAUAAAGUGUUAGAGAGGGUUUUGAUGAAAGAUGACGCUACAAAGUCUGUUGAAGUAUGA